UUCAGGUGGUACAGCUUUGAUGAUGUGAGCAUAGGGUCAUGAAAGUCUUGGUGGUUUGCAAACUCUUGUUAUAGGUUUAUAGAAUGGGUACGUAUGCGUAAUGAAGUACCAAAAGUAUGUGGACAUUUUCAUCUACUGUGGACAGAUAGCAGAGAUGAUUCCCUGAGAAAUUAGUGGCACUGCACAAAGCAAGCAUGGCUUUUGCCCAGUCACACAUUAUGACGGCUCGAAGGCAUCAACACAGUAGACUCAUAAUCGAAGUGGAUGAGUACAGCACAAACCCAACACAGGCAUUCACGUUCUACAAUAUUAAUCAGGGACGUUUCCAGCCUCCACAUGUGCAAAUGGUGGAUCCUGUACCACACGAUGCUCCCAAGCCUCCAGGAUACACACGUUUUGUCUGUAUAUCUGAUACUCAUUCUAGAACAGAUCCAAUUCAAAUGCCGUAUGGAGAUGUCCUAAUACAUGCUGGUGAUUUCACUGAACUGGGACUUCCUAGUGAAGUUAAAAAAUUCAAUGAGUGGUUAGGCAGCCUACCAUAUGAAUACAAGAUUGUGAUAGCAGGCAAUCAUGAAUUGACAUUUGACCAAGAGUUCAUGGCAGACUUAAUCAAGCAGGACUUUUACUAUUUCCCCUCUGUAUCCAAGUUGAAGCCAGAGAACUAUGAAAAUGUACAGGCCCUCUUAACAAAUUGCAUAUACCUGCAGGAUUCAGAAGUGACAGUCAGAGGCUUCAGAAUGUAUGGCUCCCCUUGGCAACCUUGGUUUUAUGGCUGGGGCUUCAAUCUUCCACGAGGCCAAGCACUCUUAGAGAAAUGGAAUCUCAUUCCAGAAGGAAUCGAUAUUCUUAUAACACAUGGACCACCUCUCGGUUUCCUAGAUUGGGUUCCCAAGAAAAUGCAAAGAGUGGGGUGUGUUGAGCUGCUGAAUACAGUCCAGAGGCGGCUACAACCUCGUCUUCAUGUUUUUGGACACAUCCAUGAAGGUUAUGGAGUUAUGGCCGAUGGAACUACAACGUAUGUGAAUGCUUCUGUGUGCACAGUGAAUUACCAGCCACUCAAUCCUCCCAUAGUUAUUGAUUUGCCUACUCCAAGGAACACUUGAUUGUUGCAUAACAGUUCUGGAGUCUGCAGCACAAAAUGUACAGCUUUGUGCCACUAGCAAAGUAUAUGAGAAAUUACACAAGUACUUUUUUAUGGACAAUCUGAAGAAGUGUGAAUAGAUGAAGGAGAAAGGCAAUUUGAGAUGAUGGUCUUCUAAAAGUGCUUUAAGGAAUCCAGCAUUUUACAUUUUUUUAAAAAAAAAAAACCCUUUUAAGUAGAAUCUUCAUUAUACAAAGAGACAUCAGUACUUUUUGUAUGUAUUAUAUAUCAAAUUCAGCUUACGAAAAGGAAAUUGAUUCCAUAACAUGAUUUGUUAUAAAUAUUUACAGUUUUAAUGUGCUCAAUACAGACCUU